AUGUUUUCCUCAAGACUUAGGAUGCCAGGCAACUACCAAGAACAUGUGGAUAGGGUAAAUGGAAUCAUAAGAGAUCUAAGAUUGGCCAAAUGUGCAGAUAAUAUUAUUGGAAGUAUAACCAAAAAAGGACUAUCUGGAGGUGAAAGGAAAAGAGUUUGUAUUGGGAUGGAACUUAUCACUGACCCAAUUGUCCUUAUACUUGAUGAGCCUACUUCAGGUCUUGAUAGUUUCACCGCUGAAGUAGUUAUUGACUUAUUGAUAGAGCAAGCCAGAAAAGGUAGGACUAUAAUGUCAACUAUCCACCAACCAAGCACCAGUAUGUUUGAUAAGUUUGACAAAUUAGUAUUAUUAGCAGAAGGUCAUCUUGUAUAUCAAGGCCUUGCUUCUGAGUCCACAAAAUAUUUUUCCAAAAUUGGAUAUGGAUGUCCAAAACUUAUGAAUCCAGCUGAUUAUUACAUGAGACUUCUUCAUGUUGUAGAUAGGAAACAUCAUACUGAACAAGAGCAUGAAAAAAUUGAAAGACUAGUAAAAGCUUACGAAUCAGAGGGUAACAAUACUGAGGAUUAUGACAAUACUAAGCUUGAGCCUUUGCAAACUAAACAUUUAACAUCGCCCACAAACUUUGCAACACAGUUUGUGCUAUUAUUUAGAAGAGCUUGGAUAAAUUCAAGGAGAGACCCACUUGCAGGCCAGCUUUUAUUUAUUGAGUAUAUCAUGAUGGGCGUUUUAAUCGAUUUGCUUUGCAAUAAUUUAGCAAACAAUUAUGAUUCUGCAACAACUAGAACUCAGACUUUAUUUCUCUCUGCAGCAGCUGUAGGCUUUUAUUCUUGUCAAAAUGCAGCUAUGCAAUUCCCAAGCGAGACCCCUAUAUUUCUUAAAGAAAGUAAACAAAGGAUUUAUUCAACAACUUCUUACUAUAUGGCUAAGUCCCUUGCAGACCUGCCUAUGCAAUUUCUACCAAAUUUUCUGUUUUGUCUUAUUAUAUAUUGGGCAAUCCCUUUUAAUGAUUAUGAUGCAAGUAAAUUCUGGAUAUUUUACUUUCUGCUCACUUUAUUACAAAUAAAUGCUCUUGGUGUUGGAUAUGUUUUAGGCUCUUGUGUUAAAACAGAAACAAUUGCCUUGGCUAUUACUCCAGUUUUUUUACAACCUAUGAUGCUUUGGUCUGGACUAUUUCCGCAUGUAGAUAGUUAUCCUGCAGGAUUUGCUUGGGUACAAUAUUUUUCUGUAAGAUUUAUUUAG